UAUUUGCUCAAUGUCCGGUCCUUAUCCACAACCUCCUCCCUCUUCCUCCAUUCCGACAAUCCCAUCGUCUUCCCCUCCUCUCUCUCUCUCUCUCUCUCUCUCUCUCUCUCAGUUCACUCCUACUCCCUCCGUCCUUCGUUUAUCAUCAUCAUAAUAAUAUAAAAAGAAGCCCCAGAAGAAAAACAAAUCCACAGACUCUGCGAAGCUCAUGGCCUCGUCCUUCUCUACCGCCGCGCCCGCGCGCUCCAUCUUCCGGUCAUCCCUAAACCCCCCAAAAACCCUCUUGUCUGCCUCAGCUUCUCUUUUCUGGGCAGCUUCAUGUCAGGGGGGCUGGGGGAAAUGCUGCCAGAGCGGCUUCAGUGCUGCCGCGAAUUACGCGAGGCUUCAGGACCACCCCGCGCUCAGAAUUUCCGUAGCCAAGCCCUUAACUUUCAGACGGUCGCUGCAGCAGCAAAAGAGAGCAGGAUUUGUCAGGUGCGCGACUAUCGAAGAAAUCGAAGCUGAGAAAUCGAUGAUUGAGAAAGAUGUUAAACAAAGGAUGGAGAAGACCAUUGAGACAGUCCGGUCGAACUUCAAUUCUAUUAGAACAGGCAGAUCAAAUCCCGCCAUGCUAGAUAAAGUUGAGGUGGAUUACUAUGGCACUCCGGUUAGUUUGAAGAGCAUUGCUCAAAUCAGUACCCCUGAUGCAAGUUCUCUGAUGGUUCAGCCGUAUGAUAAAUCCAGCUUAAAGGCAAUAGAGAAGGCCAUAGUUGGCUCUGAUCUUGGUAUGACUCCUAAUAAUGAUGGUGAGGUGAUACGCUUGACACUCCCUCAACUGACAACUGAAAGGCGCAAGGAAUUAUCGAAACUUGUGGCAAAACAGGCUGAAGAAGGGAAGGUGGCAUUGAGGAAUAUAAGAAGAGAUGCAUUAAAAGCGUAUGAAAAGCUAGAGAAGGAGAAAAAACUAUCAGAAGACAAUGUCAAAGAUUUGUCAAGUGAUCUGCAGAAAUUGACGGAUGAAUACAUGAAGAAAAUUGACUCUGUUUACAAGCAGAAAGAGAAGGAACUGUUGACAGUAUAGAAAGUGCAGAUCUUAGUGGUAAGUUUCCUUUAUGGAUGCCCUUCAUACCCAGAACAGCCAUUUAAAUUGUCGAUAGUUGAAGAUAUGUGUCUGUUAAUAUGCCUCGGAAUUAGCAUUUUCCCUGAAAUGAGAAGAGAUUGUUACCAGUCAACCUUUAUGUGGGCUAUUUAUGGAAUCUUUUUGUAUAGGCUAGCAUUUCAACCAGUUGACUGAAUGUGCCAUGAUAUAUUUGGUUGCUUUUCUGCUGCUUCAUCUGCGAUUGCAUUGCAAUGCGUUCAUGCUUAGGUAUGGCAAAUGUCGCACGAGAUUGGUCUUUCCGGAUUAUUUAGGUUCAGUUCAUCUUUUGGUUGCGAGAUGUACAUUGGAAUGAAAUGGAAUGACUUAUCUUA